AUGGAAAACAUGGAUGAAGACUCGGAGACAGAAGCGGAAGUGAAAAGUAUGGACGGCACGGAAAUAAUGGUAAACAACGGUACCUACCGGACCAUCAAUACGCGGCUCCAGUGUAUCACAGCGAUGAAUGAGUAUGAGAAUACAAGUUUGGAGGAACUUAGAGUGGAGGAUUACCUAGCGGGACGCAAAGGACAGGAACUGCAAACAACAGGAUUCGGAAUCGCCUUCCCUGUCACGUCGACCCAGCAGUCAGCGGCGUUCUCUCUCGAAGCCUCUGAACAUACUGGAUUUGGAACAACAAGGUGCGGGGGUCAGGCUCAGCAGCCAGGUACACUGGCAAAGUUUAUUCCGAUUGCGGGCACGGAUACAAUGGUAAACAAAGGUACGACCUGGACCAUCAAUACGCGGCUCCAGUGUAUCACAGCCAUGAAGGAGUAUGAGAAUAAAAGUUUGGAGGAACUUAGAGUGGAGGAUUACCUAGCGGGACGCAAAGGACAGGAACUGCAAACAACAGGAUUCGGAAUCGCCUUCCCUGUCACGUCGACCCAGCAGUCAGCGGCGUUCUCUCUCGAAGCCUCUGAACAUACUGGAUUUGGAACAACAAUUUUAAACACAGACCCGGAUGAUUCAAUGCAUCAUGGACAGUACUCGCCUCCAGCACCCGUAUCUAUCGGUCCGUUGCGGUGGUACUGGCAAGACAGCGAUGACAUAUGGAUACCAUUCGAACCUGAAUCUCUUCAACAAACCCUUGAGAGAAAAUUCAAAUCUAAGCAGCGCAUCUACCUGUUUUCACGAGAGAACUACAAAUGGAGCUACUCUGUUGACUUUCAUCUCAUGACUCAGAAAAAUUUGGAUACUGGAAAAAUUAGAAAACUCAAACGAUGCAGUGAAACAAAUGUAUCGUGUCAUUAUGAAAUUGCAAGCACGACCUCUUAUCCAGCUCCUCUCAUUGUGAUUGAUGACGAGCUUCCUCCGUCGUGGGUUCCUUGGGAUCUAGCUCAUCCGUUUGAACGUGUACAGUUGCAACAUUCAGAUGCAGAUUACAUUAAAGUAUCAGAUAAAUUCUAUCAAACGAUGUCUCCUCAUCAGCAUGUUCUGCAAGCGGUGUUCCGAAUUCAGAAUCACACUUUAUGGUCUGCAUUCUGCAACCGGGAAAAAAGCAUGCUUAAUAACCAGCGGAGACUUGGAGAUACAAAUGACGUUGAUAAGCGUUACCUUUUCCACGGUACCGACAGUCUGGAUACUGUGCGGGGAAUCUGCAUCAACAACUUUGACUUCCGUUUGUGCGGAAAAAAAGGAACAAAGUAUGGUCAGGGAGCGUACUUUGCUAGAGAUGCCAAGUACAGUCACGGUUACACAAAGCAGUCUGUUAAGCUGGAAAGAUACAUGUUCCAGGCUUCGGUGCUUGUUGGUUACUACACCACAGGGAAAGCGAAGUACAAAAGGCCUCCAGAGAAACCGGGCAAAGACCAUGAGCUGUAUGAUUCAUGCGUAAAUAAACCAAAUGACCCCAGUAUUUUUAUUCUUUUCGAUAAAACUGCCUACUACCCUGAGUACCUGAUUCAGUAUAUUGACACUGGAGACGAGGUUGUUCCUUGAAACAUUAGUCCUCAUGCCAAGGAGAUAUGUACAUGAUACUCUUUACGCUAGCUCAAUUUCGUUGCCAGCUGCCCAGCCAAGAGCACUAUCAGCUGGUCAAUGACAGCUCCAUUUGCAUCACACCGCUUCAAGUACCAUAGAAACUCUAUAUCCUAGCUUUUGCCUUCAGAGAUGUUUUAACUGCAAUUUGGAUGUUUUGGGGCACUUAAUAUAUUUUAUCCAAUUUAAAUUACCGCAUUAAUGAAAAAAUACCAAACUUCGUUUUUUUUGUUCUUUAAGAUCAUAAGAAUACAAAAUCAAUUGCUUUGGAAUUAGGGAAAUCCUAUUUGAAUUAUAUAUUUGAUUUGUUUAUGAACUCCUGGAUGACAAGUGUCAAAACAUAUAGUCUUGUAUUGUCAGUCACAUUGAAUUAUUGAAGAAAUGAUUACAAAAAUAAAUUACAUGUAGAUGAUUUGUACUUGUAAGAAAACAUGUCAUGACUUCUUGUGACUUUCACCAUAAUAUGUCGUAGAAUUUAAACUCAAUGUAACAAGUAUUAAUUCAAUACUCGUCUUUUGUACUUUACGCAAUGCUUCAAAAACUGUUGCACCGGUUUUAUAAUAAUAUAACAAUUAAGGAACCUUUUCACG